UAUUAAAAGCGACCCACCCCACCAAGCAGCCUUUACAUGCACACACGCAAAGAUAAAAAGGCAACGAUCAUGGCAAUCAAAAGUCCCCUCUCACUCUCUUCACUUUCACAAACAAAAGCAACCAACAAGAGCCACUCUAAUCACAACCACAAAGCCAUCAUCAAAACAUCAUCUUUUCUCACCUUAUUAGCCUAUAGCCAGCGAUGAGAGUUCCUCCUGUUUCCUCCCCACCAAAACUCACCACCCAAAACGUCGUCGUUCCCAAUCCCAAUCCCACUUCCAAUCCCAACUCAACAACAACAACAACCACCACCUUGUGCUACGAGCCCAGGUCCGUUCUCGAACUUUGCCGCAGCCCAAGCCCAGAAAAGAAACCCACCCAACAAGAAGAAGUGGAAGAGGAUCAUGCUUCGUUGCCUAAUUUGGAUUGGUGGGAUUCUAUCAUGAAAGAUUUGGGCUUACAAGACGACUCUUCCACACCCAUACCUCUUUUGAAAAACACUAAUAUUAAUACCCACGAAACUUCUAACCCAUGUAUCCCUGAAAUUUACCCCAACCCUUCUCACGACCAAUUCGAUCAACCUCAAGACUUCACUACUCUCUCAGAUAUUUACUCUAAUCAAAACCUGGCAUACAAUUAUCCAAACACAAACACUAAUCUCGAUCAUUUGGUUAAUGACUUCAAUAAUAACAGUAAUUGGGAUUUCAUUGAAGAGCUUAUCCGUGCAGCAGAUUGUUUCGAUAACAGUCAUCUACAAUUAGCUCAAGCGAUAUUGGAGCGAUUAAAUCAACGGCUACGAUCUCCCACUGGUAAACCUUUACACAGAGCAGCUUUUCACUUCAAAGAUGCUCUUCAAUCUCUUCUCUCCGGUUCCAACCGGACCAACCCUCCUCGCCUAUCUUCUAUGGUGGAGAUUGUUCAAACCAUUAGAACCUUCAAGGCCUUUUCUGGAAUUUCACCGAUUCCAAUGUUUUCAAUUUUCACCGUUAAUCAAGCGCUACUCGAAGCGCUUCAUGGUUCAUCUUUUAUGCACGUUGUUGAUUUCGAAAUUGGACUUGGAAUUCAAUACGCUUCUCUCAUGAAAGAGAUUGCUGAAAAGGCUGUUAACGGUUCGCCGUUACUCCAUAUCACUGCCGUCGUACCGGAGGAGUACGCCGUUGAAAGCCGUCUCAUCCGCGAGAAUCUUAAUCAGUUUGCGAAUGACCUUGGGAUCCGCGUUCAGGUUGAUUUUGUUCCGUUACGGACAUUUGAAACGGUGUCGUUUAAAGCUGUUAGGUUCGUCGACGGUGAGAAGACUGCGAUUCUGUUGACGCCAGCGAUAUUCUGCCGCCUUGGAUCAGACGGUACGGCUGCGUUUCUCUCGGAUAUUCGGAGGAUAACUCCCGGUGUGGUGGUUUUUGUUGACGGCGAGGGAUGGACGGAGGCUGCAGCGGCGGCGUCAUUUCGCCGUGGAGUUGUGAAUAGCUUGGAGUUUUACUCGAUGAUGCUGGAGUCGCUGGAUGCUUCGGUGGCGGCGGGAGGAGGGGGAGAGUGGGCGCGGAGGAUCGAGAUGCUUUUGCUGCGGCCGAAGAUCAUUGCGGCGGUGGAAGCUGCAGGAAGAAGAACGACGCCGUGGAGAGAGGCGUUUUACGGCGCUGGUAUGAGGCCGGUGCAGUUGAGUCAGUUCGCGGAUUUUCAGGCAGAGUGCUUGCUGGCGAAGGUGCAAAUCAGAGGCUUCCACGUGGCCAAACGGCAAGCUGAGUUGGUUCUCUUCUGGCAUGAAAGGGCCAUGGUUGCCACGUCAGCUUGGCGGUGUUAGAUCAACCACGUAGAAAUGAAGGGAAAAAAAAAAAACAGAGAAAUUUAAGGAUAUUAAAAACCUACCUGCUUAACAUUAGUUUUGCCUUGUAUAAGAUGUGAGCUUCUACCACUAAGCUGACAUUAGCAUGAAUGUAAUUUUAACUUUAAUUUAGCUUUUUUUUUUUUAAUGAUGUAAAACUAAAGAUAUUAAAAACCUGGGAUAUACGAAGACUUGUAUUUAUUCCAGACGAAUUUGUUGUGUCUAAUAUAUAGAUGAUCCAUUAGGGGGAAGGGUGUGUCUUGUGAUAUCUUAAUUGACCUCGCUGGUAUUUUGGAUUGAAAUGUUUUGGAAGAUAAAUAGUUCUAUACCUUGUAUUAUGCUGUAUUUUGCUGCAAAAGUGAGAGAUCAAAUCACAUAUUAUAUUACAUGAACAUAUUCAGAAUGGAA